AUGCCGCUCCCACACGAUUGCUUCGCCGUCACCCUCACCGGCGCUGGCAGUGCGUCCCUUGUACUCGGCGGCCAAAGAUGGGAAUUCGUCACCCAAGGCUUUCUCCAUUCUGAGGUCGACCUUCGGGGUCGAAACGGCUCCAUAGCCCUACCUGUCCCAGUCAAGGACGAGCCGCGCGACGGCGACGACGACAACGUGCAUGUCAUACCCGCCGAUGACGGUCACGGUACCGUUCUUCCCGUCGCACUCAGCGAGGGUCCCGUCAACCUUCCGAACGGUCCCAUCGACGAUGACAUCGACCCGAACCUCGCGGCCCCUCUUCAUGCCCCUCCGCCAAUCGUCGCCGCGGCUGCCGAGGACAUCGUGAUGGAUCCCAUCCAUCCCGCAACGGCCGAUGCUCCCGCCGCCGCUUCCUUACUUGCGCCUGAUGUCGACACUGUGCCGUCCCACGUCAAUCACACACCUACGCCCGUCGAUGCUGGCCCACCCGAUGCGCGCUCCGAUGGUCCGGUCGACAUCUACACCGACCUAGUAUGCACGCUCGUCCAACACCGUGAGCUUGUCCGCGACUACCGCGCCCAGCACCCUCAAGUGGCGUGGAUUGCGCCGCCGCGUGCCCUUGCGGCUGACCUCCGCAGGCACCUGCUCGGGACGACUAAAAGCUCGGACGAGCGCGCAAACCUAGACCGCCUCUCUCCCGCGAUCUCCGCGCGUCUCGCAGUCCACGGCCGUAUCGCCAAUGCAAGGCAGGCGUGGAUGAAGCUGCAGCUUCGGUAUGCGGGCGAUGUCGGUACGCGCGAGGUUAUACCCGAUGGCGACGCGCUGUAUGACCUGCUCGUACGCAUUCACCGUGGCAAGAACGGGCGCGCGCACGUCCGACCAGCGUCGAUGCGGAAGAUGAUCAACAAGACAUAUGUCCUCGGACCUGGGGAGCCGUUCUAUACCGCGUGGUGCGGUAUGUGCCCGGGCUGUCCGUACCCGAACUGA